CUGCGUGGCUGCGUGGUGCAUGGCUGCGUGGUCGUCAGCGUGGUUGACAAAUUGCGGGGCUCCCAUCAAAUAGUUGAUCAAGUCCAUCAAACGCGACUUGAGAGUCGACGUGCUCCGUUCUUUUCUGUCAAUCCUUGCGUAGAAUCAGCUUGAUGUCAAUACCUGCAAUUAUACGAAGGAUGCACUUUCUGAGGGUAACCUUAUAUGGGCUGGCGUGGUCUCUAUUCAGCGUGGCUGUGCGUGGUCAGCCUGCGUGGUGUGGCUGCGUGGCUGCAUGGCUGCGUGGUUGCGUGGUACGCAAGCGUGGUUGGUUGCGUGGUCCAAGGUAUAUAUCGUCGGAAAAUCUUUGGAUUAACAACUUGAAGCUCAAAAAAUGA